CUUUUGUGAGGACGAGACGGUAGAAGGACGGGUAAUCCAACGAUCGAUUGUCGACUAUUGGGCACCUUUUGUCCAGCUGUACAUAUGAUCGUAGAUCGAGCGAGCGGCUCGGGAUUAGUUUGAUUUAUCUGCUCGUGAAAUAAGGAUGCUGAGUGUGGUGUGAGAUAGUGCCCAACAGAGUGCAACUAAUGAAAAAAAUGGUUUUAUACGAUAUAGAAAUGAUGUUGUCCCGUGUAAUUAUAUUGUUCGCUGUUUUCGGGUUUAGUUGGAGUUUUACCUUAUUACAGAGACCUGUUGACAACAACGAUGCGAACCCGUACAGUCGUUUCACAUCUCACAUGGGCACACAGGCUCGAGAAGAUAAUGCCCGAGGAUACCGCGAGCUACUGAACUUGUUCUACCUUAGCCAAGUGAUCGUCGCCUAUCGGCAGCCUGCGGUGCCACCGACAAAACUGGACGAACUUGUCGGUGAGCUUUUGGAGCCACAUUUUCAGCAACAUCUUCGCUUCCUACUGAAGGACGUCGAUGGUUUCGAAGAGAUGAAGACUUUCGGGAGCGAAAAUCCCAAAGCAGGGCAAAAUCUUCGACGAAAGGCAUAUUUCGUGAACGAUCAACGUCAGCUUAUUCCGGUACUUCAAGCGAUACUAGGUGCGAUUCAUUUGGACGAGAUUGUGGAUGACGAGUUUAGAUCAAAAUUAGCUCACCUAAGGGAAGAUGCUAGCGCAUUGGCGGUUGAUACAGUUCGCGAUAGGAUGGCCCUGGUUGAAGCGUUAACAGAAAAUUCACUGUCUAGUGAAGAACCGUGGACGAUUUUCGAUAUUUUUGAAAAUAUUUUUGAGAAACAAGAAGAACAAUCGUUCGAGGAAUUGUACGAUGUUGUUUCGGAGGAAGAUGAUGGACGUUUGAAUUCUGGUGGAGCAAAUGAGUUCUGGGUGGUUAUUGAUGACUCGGAUGAGAAUACUUCUCAGGAGGAAGUUGCGUGGGAGAACGUUGAGCAACCGGAUACCUUUAACGAAGAAGUGGAAAAUGAACUGAAGCCCAUUCAUGGAAUUGAUCGAUUUGAUUCUUUCGAUAACUCGAAAGAACCACCACGUGUUAAGCUCCCAGUGUAUCAGCCACCAUUUGCAGCCAGACCACCGAGCUUCGCCGCCCCAUGGGAAAAUAAACUAGAACAAAAUGCUCACUCUGAGACACCAGUGUCACACUUUGUACCGCAACCGGAAUCUUCUGAAGAAGUUGUAGAAGUUGUCAAUUAUGCUCUUCCAGAAGAGCCAACUGAGCCUCCAACGAAUGAGGUUCCUCCUGAGCAACCAGAUGUCUCCAGUGGAGAGGUUGAAGAAUUGGUGGACAAUGAGUUGAACCCCGAUGAGGAGGAUGAUCGAUAUGAUUCUUUUGAAGAUGCGAAACAACCACCAAAAGUUGAUGUUCCGAUCCAUCGGCCACCAUUUGUAGCUGGAGCACCAAUGAGACCGAUUUCUGCCACCUCGUGGGGGAAUCAAUUAGAACAGAAUGCUCAUUCUGAAAUAUCAGGACAAUGGUCAGCAUUCCAGCCACCUUUUAUUUCCAGACCUUUGGUACCACACUUUGUACCACAACCGGAAAAUUUUGUGCCAGGACAAAAUUAUUAUGAGCAUCAGCAAGUGACUACAUCUCCGAAAUCUGAAGAAGUUGAGCAACCGGCUGUCUCUAGCGAAGAGGCUGAAGAAUUAGUAGAUAAUGAUUUGAAGCCUGUUGAGGAGGAUGAUAUCUAUGAUUCUUCUGAGGACACGAAACAACCAUCAAAAGUUGAUUUACCAAUCCAUCGGCCACCUUUUGCACCCGGACCACCAAAGAGACCGCUUACUGCCGCUACGUGGGGGAAUGAGGUUGAACAGAACGCUCAUUUUGAAGUGCCAGUGUUUCGGCCACCUUCUAUUCUCAGACCACUGAUGCCACACUUCAUACCACAAUCGGAAAAUUUUGCGCCAUCGCCAAAUUAUUAUGGGCAUCAGCAAGUGACUACACCUCCGGCAUCUGAAGAAGUUGUCGAGCCUCCAAGAAUUGAGGUUCCUUCAGUAAUGAGCGUUGAGCAACCAGAUUUCUCUAGUGAAGAGGUUGAAGAAUUGAUAGACAAUGAGUUAAGGCCCGUUGUGGAGGAUGAUCGAUAUGAUUCUUUUGAAGACGUUAAACAACCACCAAAAGUUAAUGCUCCGAUUCAUCGGCCACCAUUUGCACCCGUACCACCAAAAAGACCGAUUUCUGCUGUCUCGUGGGGAAAUGAGGUUAAACAAAAUGCUCAUUCCAAAGUGCCAGUGUUUCGGCCACCUUUUAUCCCCAGACCUUUGGUGCCUCACUUCGUCCCACAACCUGAAUCUUCGCCAGGGCCCAACUAUAACGGUCAUCAGCUGGUAUAUGAGACAAAUCCUCCGACUCCUCAGCAUGUUGUAGAAGUCGUCAAUUAUGCUCUACCUGUAGAACCCAUUCAUCCUUCAAGGUUUGAGGUUCCAGUUGAAGGACUGGUAGAAAACGAGAUGAAGCCCAUCGAUGAUCGAUAUGAUUCUUCCGAGGGCUGGGAGCAGCCUCCAAGAGUUGAUCUUCCCGUGUAUCAGCCACCAUUCGCACCGCCAAUGAGACCGACUGUUGCCGCUCCAUGGGAAAAUAAAUCAGAACAAAACCAACGACCAGUGUUUCGUCCACCUUUUAUACCUAGACCUGCGGUCCCACACUUCGUACCACAACCUCAAUCUUCUGCAUCAGGGCCUAAUUAUUAUGGACAUCAUCAGUAUCAGCUUGUGUAUGAGCAUACACCACCGGCACCUGAGCAAGUUGUAGAGGUCGUGAAUUAUGCUCUUCCUGGAGAACCUGUCGAACCUCCAAGGAUUGAAGUUCCAGUGUUGCGACCACCUUAUAAGGCUACACCACCUCCACCGCCACCGUUUGUCGAGAACUCCACGGUCACACAGAAACAGGAAACGACCACAGCAGCUCCAUACAAACUAGUGCAAGUAGUAACAGAAGCUAAUGUCGAGGUACCAAGUUCUACGCUACCGGCAUACGUCUACCAUAUCGCUUCUUUGUUGGAUAAAAAACAGGUGACUAAUAGUACUGAACAGAUCAUUGCAGUUUCUCCAACUAAAUUAGGCACAUUAGUUCCUGCUGUUGUGAAUGCCACUAGCACAACUAAGACUUCGGUUCAAGAGCAGCCUUAUAUAACCGUAAUUCCAGCUUUGUACAACGAAGUAUCCGUCGCAACUGCCAAUUCUAGUGUCAACGUAUCCAUAGUUACGGUUCCUGAGAAUGACACUUAUGCUCAAGUUGGUAGUGCAGUGACCGAGGUAACUGUUUAUGUAACUGUCAAACCAGAACUAGUAACAUCCGUUCCAGUGGUUCCCGUUCAAAAUGUAACAUGGAACGUUAGUAAGUUGGAAGAGCAAAAUAAAUAUUGGAGUAGUAGUACAACUGAGUCUCCAGUUACCAUUGUACAAAACGUUUCGCCUGUUGAUGUGGUGAAAUCUUUGACAAUGAGUCCUGUACAAAGCGUUUAUGUAACUGAAAAUAUUAAUAUUAUUAACCAAAACUCUACUGUUACUGUUACUAACACCGCACAAAACGUAAGUAAUCUAGAAGAACAAAACCAAUAUUGGAGCAACAGUGCUACUGAGUCUCCUGUUACCAUUACCACUCAUCGAACUUCAACUGUUGAUGUGAUAGAAGCUGUGACUCUCAGUCCUGUACAAAGCAUUCAUGCAACUGAAAAUUCUGCUGUUACACAAGGUGCCGUUAAUGUAAGUGUAGUGGCACCAACAUUUCCUGAAUCUACUGUAAAUGCAACCACGGUGACAAAUGUUACGAAAACUUCCGAUAGUUCAGAGUAUCAAAUGAUUAACCAAGAAAUAGUGACAGCAACUCCUACGAGUAGUCCCUCGUCUACAUCUACCUAUUUGGAAGCUACGACAGUGGUGGCACCAACAGUUCCUGAAUCUACUGCCAAUGUAACCACAGUGAUUAAUGUCUCAAAUCUUCCGGAAUCUACUGUCAAUGUAACCGCGGUGACAACUGUUACAAAAACUGCUGAUAGUGCAGACUAUCAAAUAACAAACCAGGAAACAGUGACAGCAAUUCCUACGAGUAACCCCUCGUCUACAUCUAUCUAUUUGGAAGCUACGACAGUGGUGGUACCAACAAUUCCUGAAUUUACAGUCAAUGUAACCUCAGUGACAAAUGUUACAAAAACUCCUGAUAGUUCAGAGUAUCAAGUGGAACCAGCAACGGUUGUUACAAAUCGACAAACGGUGACUGAACCUCCUACGACAGUCCUGACUACCGAUACGCCAAACUCAGUAACGACAUCUACAGAAAUAUUCAAAGCCCCAAAUUUCAACCCGACUGUUAUUGUAAGUGUAAAUAGUACCUCCGCAACUGCAAACGAAACACUAAAAGUAGUGGCUAUUCCGGAAGAGGAUGAAAAAACCGAUUACGUGUUUGUCGAAAACCAAAAAGGGAACGUUUUCCCGGUCGAAAUUUCCACAAUCCAAAAUCCAGAGGUGCUGAAACCUGACCCCACCAUAAAAGAACCUCACUACAACGGGUUCCGUCCAACGCCGAUAGAAAAAGACUCAACCAGUUUAACUUCCCGCAUAGACAGCCAGUUGACACCGGAAAAGGAAGAUACGGACGUGCUGUUCUGGUCUCGGCCGGAAUCGGAGCGGUACAAGAAUACGGACCGCCUUUUCGAGGUCAAAAAAAUUGCCGACGCUCUGGAACAAAGUGUGAUGAGUUUGAAUAAAUCGGAUUCACAAACAGAACAGAAAAACUCCGGCACAGCAGUUCUUGACAACGGUGUCGAAAUUACGAACAAAAAUAGUUUCACAGACUCCACGGAUCCUCUGGAAGAGGAGAAUCUGGUAGAAGACCUGAUAUGGGAUCCCACAUUUCUGAUUAACCAACCGGAGUCGAUGUUUGAGUUGCAAACCUUCGUCAAUCCGGCCGAAAGCCAUCAACCGGAAGAAAAUAGCCCCCUAAAACAGCCGAAGGAACCGGAAGAACCAGUCAAAAACGAAUCGGGCAUAGAAUCGACAAACUUGAUUGACGAUGGAGGUUAUCCACCAUAUUACAAUAAAUCGGAUGUGGUUUUCGAGUCAGAGAAGCUGCCUCAUCCGAUUGACGUCAGCCAGCCGGCGGAUCUGAUUGAACCAGACGAGGUUAAGAGUUCUAUUAUGGCACCAACUGCCUUAACUAGUUUAUCUUCGAUUAAGGAAGCCAGUUCUUCAGCCAAUCAGGAUGCAGUGAAACCAUUACCCGUAGAUGAGGAUCACGCACAGAUUGCUGUAGAAGGCAGCAAACCUGAGCUGGAUAAGGAUUCCAUUCCACUUUGGCUACAGGAAGACAAUAUGGUCGAGGAAUUCGAGCCGUAUUCUGCGCAAUCGGAGGAUCUAGCCACAACAAUCGUUGAAACUCAACCUGCCAGUAUUGAAACAACUAUCAACAAAACCAAUAGCGUUCAUCCUAAGCCCAGCGCCCAUGGCGAAUCACUCGAUCAAGCGGAAAUCACAUUGCUUCGCAUCAAGAACGAGAUGCUGCAGGUGAUCGGUUUUGUUGAGGAAAAAACGGGCCUACAUUUGAGCAAUCACAUCUCCCAGCAAGAGCUGGACGACCUGGUUGACCGGCUUAGUCACACCGAGUUAUUGGAAAUGGUUCAGGAGCAUGGCGUUAAUCGAGUGGCGGUGAUAACUAGACUUCAGCAGUUCCUAUUAUCGAAGCAUUCUGUCGAAGGAGAUACUAUUGUACACAUACUGGAAUCACUUAAGCAAGGUGAGAAGUUGGAACCGGACGAUGGCUACUUCGAGGCGCACUACAGUGUUGAACCAGUCGCUGAAGAUGUUCCAACUAAUACGCCUGAAGUUGUUGGCGAGUUGACCGACGCACUGGAAAAAGAGUUUUCCGAAGAUACCGAGUUACUUACUAGUGUAACGACCCCCAGUACCAAUGUGUCGUUGGAAGAAACAUCGAAUGACAAUGACGCUACAACUGAACUUACGAAAUUGCAGCCAGACUCUCCCACCAAUCCAACGGACACUGAAACACAACUAGACAGUGAUAAGGCUCGAGCGGCGACGAGCAGUUUAGAUUCAGACCAGACAUUUCUCGACGAAUCAUCCGUUGAAGCGCAAUCUCUGGAGUUGGAUAGCGUUAGCACUGAACAAAGCCCUCUAACAAAUGACUCCGACGUCAACUCAUCAUAAUUAGCAAUAAUCAAAACUAUGUGAUUUAUGUUAUCGAAACUGUAUUUUAAGAAAAACAAAAAAUAAAGACAAUUUUUAAAUACAAA